AGUAGAGUGGAGAAGAAAAGGCGGACUCCUCGAAGGCGAAAGUCGAAUACUUUCCGGCCCAAGUCCCCUCCUCUACUUUAUCUUCCUAGUAAAUAAAGACCCCCAAGCCCCCAUUUAAGUAUCAAAAGCCACCCCCACUUGCUCGCUCGAUAAAGCGCUCCUUUUUCACUUUCUCUCCGCCACUGCACAAUUUGGAGCUGAGAUUCUGCUUUCAUUUUUGAAGCAGAGAGUGAAAAUGAGGACAGCAAUGUUGAGAUCCGUACUCAAGAGAAGUUCAUCUAAUCUGAUGAGCUCUACGACGUCAGCCUACGGAGUUCGCCGUGGAUUCGCAUCGGAAUCUGCUCCCGAGAGGAAAGUCGCCGUUUUGGGUGCCGCCGGAGGGAUCGGCCAGCCUCUGGCUUUGCUUAUGAAGCUUAAUCCUCUCGUCUCCAAGCUCGCCCUCUACGAUAUAGCUGGCACUCCUGGUGUUGCCGCCGAUGUUAGCCACAUCAAUACCAGAUCUGAGGUUGUUGGUUUUAUGGGAGAAGAGCAACUAGGACAGGCACUGGAGGGAUCUGACGUUGUGAUCAUUCCAGCUGGUGUGCCCAGGAAGCCUGGUAUGACUCGCGAUGAUCUCUUUAACAUCAAUGCUGGGAUUGUGAAAUCUCUCUGCACUGCCAUUGCCAAGUACUGCCCGCAUGCACUUGUUAAUAUGAUUAGCAAUCCUGUAAACUCUACUGUCCCCAUAGCUUCUGAGGUCUUCAAGAAAGCAGGGACUUAUGAUGAAAAAAAGUUGUUUGGUGUCACUACACUCGAUGUUGUCAGGGCGAAGACAUUCUAUGCUGGGAAGGCCAAAGUCAAUGUUGCAGAGGUUAACGUACCUGUUGUUGGAGGUCACGCUGGUAUAACGAUUCUACCAUUGUUCUCACAGGCAACUCCUAAAGCUAAUUUGCCAGAUGAGGAUAUAAAGGCUUUGACAAAAAGAACACAGGAUGGUGGAACAGAGGUGGUUGAAGCUAAGGCUGGAAAGGGUUCGGCUACCCUUUCAAUGGCCUAUGCUGGUGCGAUAUUUGCCGAUGCCUGCUUGAAGGGCCUUAAUGGCGUUCCAGAUGUUGUAGAGUGUUCAUUUGUGCAGUCAAGUGUCACUGAGCUACCUUUCUUUGCAUCCAAGGUGAGACUUGGUAAGAAUGGUGUGGAGGAAGUGCUGGGGUUAGGCCCACUUUCAGACUAUGAGAAAGAAGGCCUCGAGGCUUUGAAGCCAGAGCUUAAAUCAUCCAUUGAGAAGGGAAUCAAGUUCGCGAACCAGAGUUGAAAUGACCUUUUUAAUGCUUUAUUAUGACAAUUUUGCCAUUUUUGUGCCAAAUGUUGUAUCCAUUUGGAGUGCCCUGUUUGCUGCUAAGGACAUCUGGGCAUAGUUGAUGUAGGGAAUCAGAGUAGACAGAAUAUCCUUUAAAUAAUACCCCUAGCAAACUCGAUGAGGAUGUGCCUCUUGUUUUACAUUAUUGGACACUUAUGUCCAAUACUAUACAAUUUACAAUGGUCAGCCAAAUUUCGAUCUAUGCAUUUAUAUCAUUAGCUAA